GACCUAGAGAGAGACAAUUAAGAGAGAGAGAGAGAGAGAGAGAGAGAAUUCUCUCGAGCAAGAACAGGAGAGAAAGCAGACAGAAAGUAAUAGAACAGAGAGGGAGAAAGGAGAGAGUGAAGCUAUUCCUUCAUCCGAAUCUCUACAGUUUCUAUAUUUGUUUAGUUUUCUCUACGAUAAUUUGUAUGUUCAAUGGAUACAGUCCGCAGACCCUAGGGCUUCAAUUUCUUCAAUGGACGAAAUUUGGGAGAGAGCCGUUGAAACGGCGAUCGACGGCAAAACUGAUGCAUCUCCGGUCCGGUCGCUAACCCUGGACGGCGCUGUGAAAUGCUACAGUGGCGGUCUACCACCGCCGACACUUCUCGAGAAAUUCCAAAAUCUCGAACACCUAUCAAUCGCCAACGUCGGGUUGUCGUCGCUCGAGAAAUUCCCGAGACUUGGAAAUCUCCAGCGACUGAUUCUCUCCGACAACAGAAUCUCCGGUGGCCUCGAAUUCCUCGUUGAAGCGAAUCUCCAGUCGCUUCGGGACUUGGAUUUGUCGAACAAUCGGAUUCAGUACUUCGAGGACUUGGCUCCUCUGGCUCGGCUCAAGCUAGUUUCGCUGGACUUGUAUGAGUGUCCUGUGACGAAGAUUAAGGAUUAUAGGGCUAGGGUUUUUGGAUUGAUUGAGACGUUGAAGUACUUGGACAAGCUAGAUUUUGACGAGAAUGAAGAGGACGAUGAAGAUGAAGACGAGGAAGAUGAUGGUGAAGUUGACGGUGAGGAUCGAUCGAGGUCGGGGGGAGUUGGUAGUAGCAGGGGUGGCGAUGGAGUGAUUGAUGUUGAUGAGGAUGAGAGUGAAGAAGAUGGAGUUGUUGGCCUCGAAAACGGGGAUGUCGAAGAUGAUGGGGAUGAUGAUGAUUUAGAGGACGUUGAUGUUGAGGAGAGUGGUGACGAUGAGGUUGUGGAGGUUCAUGAGAUUGAUGAUAGUGACGAGGAAGAAGGGGUCGAAGAGGAUGAUGAUGAGGAGGAUGAUGAUGAUGAUGAAGAAGUGGAAGAUGAAGAGGAGGAUGUGAGGCCCGGGAUUGAAGGCCGGGGAAUCGGUAAUGGUGGGGAAAUUGAUGGGCAUGAGCAAGGUGAGGAGGACAGUGAUGAUGACGGUGAGUAUGAGGAAGAAGACGGUGAGGACGAGGAAGAAGCUUUCCAUAUCCGCCCAGUUAGGCGUGCAGAAGAAGAUGGUGAAGCAAGUGAUGUGGACCCUGAAAAUGAAGUAGAUGAUGUUGUUGAAGUGGAGGAAGAGGUUGAAGAUGCGGUGCAACUACCCAGAGAAGCUCAGCUACCCUCUUCUUCCCAGUCCCGUCUCAAGAGGAAGAGAGAUGAAGAAAAUGACGGUGCUGACAACAGCGAUGAUGAAAGCGUUGAGGAUGUCUCAUUGAAGCCUCAUUAACAACAGAGUUUUGAGGGUGUCUGGAUGAAGGCCCCCUAGAGUUGACAGUUGACACCACCUCACGGGCCUAUAACGUGAGAUGCUUCACCUAUUACUCAGAAGGAAGCUGGAGGAAAAAGGGAAGGUUUUGAUUGAGGUUUUAUAGGGAAAGCCAUAUAUAUAAAAAUAUGUGUCGGGGACGCACGAGGGAAAAGAUUUCAUCCUUGUGGAUGGUUUUUAUUAAAUUGUUCAAAAAGCAGUUGGAUCUUUGUCAGCACAGGCUUUUCCACUUCAAUAGCCGUUGCUUAUUAUUCAAAUGGCAGUUACAUGCUGGCGGGUUCUUUCA